AUCAAAUCAAUCAAGCAAAGCACCCACUUUCUCAAUCUCAACAAUGGCGAUUAGAUCUUCGUCUUCACUCCUCAAAUCCCCUCUCUCUCUCCUUCUCCCACGAGGCGACGCUUUCCUCUACCUCUUCGCCCUCCUCUCCAUCUUCUCUCUCCUCCUCCACCACCUCACUCCCGCCGCCGCCGCUCAACCCCACUUUGAAGGAUUCGACGCCGAUGAAGACGACGAUUUCGCCCUCGGGGAACCCAAAUCCGAGGACUUCAUCCGCUCCUCUCCUCCUCCGAUUACUCUCUCCACCUCCACCCCUGAGUCCCACCACGGCCCUCCCGAGACCGAGAUUCAAUCCCCGCCGUCCGAUCAAAAUCAAAAUCAAAAUCAAAACCCUAAGCCCGCGUCGUUUGACUACUGGGAUGAAGACGAAUUCGAAGGAAUCCCUCCGACUGAACCUAUCACUGAAACUGCUGCUGCUGCUGCUGCUGCUGCUUCCUCUCAAUCGGAUCCGGUCCCGGGCUCCGAGGAUUCGGUUAAUGAUCUGAACUCGGAUGCGAAGGUUCCUAGGAAGAUUACCUCGUUUACCGUUGAGAUUGCGUGCGUUUCAUUCCUAAUCGUGUUUGCCAUCAACUAUUUCACUGGGAAAAAGGAGAAUGAGAAUCUGGCUUUGGCUUGGGCUAGCAAAUUCGCGACCAAGGACUCGAUCUUCGACAAGAAUUUCAGCCUAUUGGGAGUCGGAGAGACCGACGACUCGCCGCUGCUGUUGCAGGAAGGGAAGAGUGUGUUCAAGUUCUACGCGAGUGGUAGGAGGUAUUGCUCGGGAUUGCUGGCGACGAUGGAGCUCAAGAGCCGGCACGAUUUGAUUUCGCGGCUGUACAACAUGGUGGUGCCCUGCAAGGAUGAGAUCACGUUUGAGGUUUACAUGAAUGAUGACUCGAUGGAUCAGGUGGUUUUUGCUUUGGCCAGGAAGAAGAUGGCCAAGACGAUGCACAAGGAGCUGAGGGAUCUGCAGAGGUUCGCUGGGCUAGUCAAUCCCCCGAAUGGGAGGAAAUGGGUGGCGGAUGAGCUGCAGGUGGUUUCAGAGUCCAAGGAGGUUGCUACCGAUUUGAUCACUGAUGCUGUGCUUGAUCAGGUUUUUGGCGACAAAGCUUUUGAAAAAUUUGGAAAGGGUUUUAUCUCAAUGCAUUUCUCGGAUCAACAGCCAGGGUCAAGCAAAAAGAUGCUCAUGUUUAAGUUUGCUCUCCCUGAUGAGAAUAACAUGGCUGAUAUGACUCGUUUGGUUGCUCUUGUACCUUACUAUAUUGACCUGAUUGGACGAUACAAGCUCAGUUCACAUGCUCGAUCGAAAACAGAAGCAGCCAGAGCAAAGGUUGCUCAGGAGCUGUACAAAGAACUUCAGUAUGCGAGACAAGAUGCUUUGCAGAAGAAGAAGGCCGAGCAGAGAAAGAAGUUGGAGGAGGCUGAGGCGAAGCUGAGUGCUGAGGCUCUUCGCAAGAAGGAAGCUAAAGACCGUUCUCGCCAAAUGAAGAAGGCCAUGCCGAAAAUGAAGAUGACCAAGGCUCAUUAGAUCUGAAAUUUCAGCUUUAGACAUUAUGUCAUUGUUGUCGUUUACAUUUGGAUUACGGCUGUCUCCAAUGACUAGAAAUUUUUCUUACAUGUAUGCCACAGUCAGUUUGGUCUUUUUUCAACCUUGAUACUUUCACUGA